UUUAGUCGACAAGUCGACAUUUUACGUGAGCAGUAGAAAAUGAGGGGAUUCACAUAUAAAAAAUGAAUCAGUGAUACGUUAGUGCAGAGAACAUGUUAGUGCCUUGAUUUGGUGAAAACUGUUUUUUUUUCCGUCAGAUGAAUGCGGAAGGUUUGUGCUAUAAACCGUUUCAUUUUAUGACGCAAUUAUAGCCACACAAAUCUCAAGGUUGCUCAAGGCCCUGACGAUGGCACAGACAGCUGAUUCUCUCGUCGCCCUUGAGGCGAAAUUGUUUGAAACAUCGAGAGCGAUACAACAAAACUUCUAUGAAAUUUCAAGUGAUUGGAAUUGCUAUGAGCAAUAUGAACUCAAUUAUCUCAGAGACUACAUCGGCAUUGCUAUGUUUGGACCCCCCCGACCCAAAGUUACUGAUGAAAACAACAAAUCAACAUACCCCGAUGAAGAUAUAAACGAUGCAGGGUAUUUUAUUUAUGAAAAGGAACAGCAAGAGGCGAUACAAGAAAUAUACGACAAAAUAUUGAAGUAUGCUAAUCCAAAUGGCUUGACAGGAAGUGUAUUCUGCAAUGUAAUAUACAAUGUUAUAUUCAACAAAGAACAAGAGCAGGAAUCUUUAGUAAAGAAAAAAGUGAAAUUGGCUGCUAUGUUGAAAGAAAACGAACACGAAGGUGGAGAAGCAAUAUUUGGAUGUUUGGAACCAGAAGUUCAGGCUUAUCCAAUACCGGUAUUCAAAGUAAAACAGAUUUGUACUGAAAAUACCGGAGCCUCUGAGAAAAUUUAUUUCAUAGAUAAUGGAGGAAGGGUCUACAACGGAUUUGAGGAUUAUUUGGACAACAAUAGAUUACCAUUAUGUACCAUGGUUUAUCCCAAAGAUGGCAAAUAUCAAAUUGAUCAGCAAUUAUAUUCUGAAUCGAAUGUAGCAAAUGAAAACAAUGACAAUCGUGAGUCAGUGGUCUGGCUGGAGCAUAGACAAUCACCCGUUGAUAGUACUACGUCAAAAAUUUUGUCGGGAGGUGAUAUUGUCACUACAGUGGUGACUGUUGCUAGUAUGGGUGUUGCAAUUGCUUCAUUGUUUACUCCUAUUGGUCCUGCUGUCGCAGUAGCAAGUUCCAUAGGUGGUGGUGUAGGCGGUGCAUGGAGUUUUGGCAGAUCGACUCAACAUUUAAUUGACCGAGGUCUUCAUGACGAAUCGAUAAGUCCAACAGCUGAUAAAUCUACGUUCUCGGCUUGGAUGGGAAUUGCCGGUGGUGCUGUAGGUUUAGCAGCGACUGGUAGUUCGGCUCUCCUCUCACGAGCUGUACGAACAGGAACAACAGUCAGUAGAGCAGCAACGUUGACAUACGACGUGGUAUUGGUUGGUAAUUUGGUCGUAAAUGGUGUCGGCCUCAGUUUUAAAAGCUACGACAUUUAUACCGCGUACAAAGAAGGCAGAGAUGUUUCGGCAGUGGAUGUCGGCAUGCUCGUUGGCCACAUGUUCUUUUUCGGAAAUUCUGUAAUGAAUAUCCGGUUCGCUCGAACCAUCAUUGAAUCUUCACAAGCCCAACUGUUGAAAGAUUACGAAGCGAGUUUACGCAGCAAUCGACAUCGUAAGGAGUUCCAAAGAAUGGCUCGCAACACGAGAGCUGCCGGUACCAAUGACAUUUCCAGCAACGAGGAAAUCAUCCGAGGAAUCAACAAAAUUUCAAACAAGGAUGAUUUCUUUCAAGCCAUGGUGAGAAAUCGCAAAUCUUUAAGUGCUUCGAAUGCUAGAGCAGCUUUCUCCGAUGGCAAAGUCACUGUCAAUUCCAUCUUGACCAUCGAUCCCAUUGAAUUUGCAAAUUUACCGAGAGAAGUACGAACAGAGAUCAUUAGAAGCGUGGUCAAUCCUCAAACCGGGAGCAACAUCCAUUCACCCGAAGUCUCAAUACCCUCCGGUGGACUUGAUUCAGUGAUUUCUGGCUCGACACCCACUGGUUCGACUCAAACUCAGACUAAAGGUUCUGGUGGAACUAAACCGAUGAACCCAGGGCAACAAAAACCCAAAAACUCUGCUGGAAUCGAAGCGAAAAAAGCAGCUGACAAGCAGCCUAAAAAUUCUACUCCAGCCAAAGAAACUGUUCCAGCUGAAUCAAAAUCGAGCAACUCCGUUGGAGUUAAACGAAACAAUGUAGCUGGAACAGAGCCAAAAGAUUCUGGUACAGCCCAAAAUAAAAAUUCCAUGAAACCACCGUCUGCUAUUUCUCCUUCAGUUGAAGCGAACAAUUUUCCUGAAAUGACGUCCGAUACUUCGGCGAAACCAAUACUGCGAGCCACUCCAGAAGUUUCAACAAGUCAUUCAACGUCAACGAAGGCGAAUGCUUCCCCUGGAGUUCUGAAAAAGUCCGCCAACACCAAAUCGGAUGUUCCGACAGCAACAGAGCCCAAAGAUUCAACGAAAGUACUCAAGCCGGCCAGAACGGCUGCUGAAGUGAAAACAAAAGUUCGACCGAACGAAACGACUUACAAAAAUUUUGAAACACAGAACGGUUCGGUGCUCAAUGAAUUCUGUACAAGACACGCAAGCGCCUUGCUACAAACUGCCCCUCCGCAAAUAACCGAUUUUGCGAAUGUACUGAGCGAGCUUCGAUACAUACAAAAUUAUGUCAUUAUUUUUGGCAAAUUACUCGAGAUUGGCUACAAAAUAUUACAAAAUCUACCUCGUGACGAAGAAAUAGUACUGGGAAAUAUACUUAGUCUCAUAGUUGAAUUUUUAUGGAGUUAUCUCAAGGAAUGCAUAAGAUUUACAAAACCGGGAAUCCCGAUCGAUGAUCCUUUGAUUCGCAAAUGUUUGGACGGUGCUCUGCAAGAACUCUGGGUCAACGUAGAACAGAGAAUCGAAGUCUACGUCGAAGCCUUUAAAGAAUGGUUAAGAAAAACGUUUCCCCAAACAUUCAAAAUUCCCAAUUAACUCAAUUAUCGAAGCUCGUCAGAAUUUGUAGUAAUCUGCUCAAUAGUAGAAAUCAGAUGUACAAAGGCUUCAAAUUUUCCGAAUGCACGCGAAGAUCCUCGAAACUCAAUGGAUCGUGAAACUAGAAAGACUAAAAAUUCACCUAUCGCCUAACAAAGACAUAUCGAAAAACGUGUCCAAUCGUAGUAUCUUUUGAUAUAAUAAAAUUUGUAUUCCUGGUAUACAAAUAAUAUUGAAUUUUUUACAAAUUCUCUAAUUAUUGGUAAUUGGCACAUUUUUUUCUAUGAACUCACGAAACGCACGUACAAAUUAGUGAAUUGAAUAUUUGUUCGCGGUUCUAUUGGCACGAUGUAAAUAAUAGUAUUGACGGUUCGCUGAAAACAAAAGAUGUAAAAAACUAAUAUAGAAAAGAGCGAAACUCCAGUAUUUUUGAUAGUUCUAGCGACCACUUUAUAUUGUAACAUAUGUAAGUAAAAUAAAAAUUCUUCGAUCUUGGA